GAUUGCGCAUCUCGCUCCCUCUCUUCUGAGCCUGGAGUAGCUUUGAUGUCAUUCCAUUGCGACCUAAAUCGAAAACUGCUAGUUAGUUGAUUCGUGGACGACGCGCGACACCAUCGUGAGCACCCGCGCCUGCCGUUAUUUCCAAGGGGAAUAGACUAGAUCAAGGGCGCGUGGCUAUUGUCGGUUCAAAGAAUAACUAUCAGAUGCUAAAUAUAAGACUUCAUACGUGUAACCAGGCGUGCGAGGCGCCCGUGGGUAUCGAGUCAGCUUUUUGGGAAUUCUAACCGAAUAUCCGCGCGAGUCGAGCAACUUGACAUUCUGAGCAGCAACGGAGGAGGGAUUGCGUGGAAAAUUUCUUGAACGAAACGGGAAGGGGCAGGGAGGGGGGGAAGGGGCGGCGCGUCAUUUAGGCGCCUAAAGCCGGCAGAAGACGGGGGGAGAGCAGAAGCGGGGAGGAGCGGGCGGUUGAAGUUUCGCCAAGGCGGCAUGGCGAGCGCGAAAGGCGGCGACGGGGCGGGCGAGUUGGACCUGUCGCGAGCCAAUCAGGGCGUGUGGCUGAUGAAGGUGCCCCAGUUCGUGGCGGACAGGUGGCACAAGGCGGGCGACAAGCCCGGGGGCGAGGCAGCAGCGGGGGGAGGGGCGGCGCAGGGCGCCCCCUCCACGCCCCCACCGGCAGCAGCAGCAGCGGGGGGUGGGAGUGUGGGGGUGGUGGGGCGCGUGCGCAUGGCGUUUGACCCUCGUGCCCGCCCUCAGGGCGGACAGGCUGCCACACAGUUCAUGAUGCGUCUAGAGGUGCCCGAGGGAGCAGCAGCGGAGUUACCGGUGGAGUACAACCUGGCGUUCACCCCCGACCACGUGCCCAUGCACGUCUUCUCCGAGUCUGCUGGAGGCCGCAUCGCCCUGGAGGGCAAGGUGGAGCACAAGUUUGACAUGCAGCCGCCCAGCGGCGACAGAGGGUACCGACAGAUGCUGCAGACAAGGGAGAAGAAGUGGAACACGCCCAAGCGCACACUGCAGAAGUGGGAUCCAUCAGGGGCCUCGGGGCCCCGCCUGCCCAUGCCUGGUGCCGUCUCCAAUGUCAAGCGCAAGGCGGCCACCACACCGGCGUGGCAGCAGGCGGCGGCAGCGCGGGCGGCGGACAAGGACAGCAAGCGAGUGCGCAUGUCGCGAGACCUGGUGGAGGCGAAGCUCUUUGCGCUCUUUGAGGAGAGGCCUCACUGGACGCUCAAGCACCUCACGGAUGCCACACAGCAACCGCAGCAAUUUCUCAAGGAGGUGCUGGGCGACAUGUGCGUGUACAACAAGAGAGGACCCAACCAGGGCCUGUACGAGCUCAAGCCCGAGUACAAGCACUCAACUCAGCCACCCUCGUAGCUGACUUUUUACUGAGGCGCCUUGAAGAAAUCAAGUUAAAUUUUCCCAUCUAGGGCCUGUACGAGCUCGAGCCAGAAUACAAGCACUCCAACCAGCCACCCUCGUAAUUCCCCAAUCAGUGCUUGUUUUCACAAGAAAUUGUAAUGCAUACAAGCACUUGUUUUGUCCGCAACAAAUUGCCCCCAAAUUGGUUUUGGGUCUGUCUGAUUCGUCAGAGUCCACUGCCUUCCCUUGGUAUGGGUGUCAGAGUUGCCUCCUUGAAAAAGUCUGAAAAAUCAGAGUAGCCUUCAAUUUUUUGUCUGA